AUGAUUGCUCCACCAUCAUCACCACAAACCGAGAGCUCUACUGAGCCAGAAUCCCCUGUCGGGUCACGAGCACCGACCCCAGCACCGACUCCGGCUGCAAGACAAUCAUCUGUGAGAUAUUCGACAUGUAGACCUACUAAGAAGAGACUCACUGAAGCUGAUCGGCUGAGAGAAAUGGACUUUGGUCCAAAGGAAGGAGGGAAACUUGGAGGCUUGGAGGUAGUUUGGUCUACUGAAAAACGUCGUCGUACUACCACGCCAGCGUUCGAAUCUCCAGCAAGAAACGUGUUGCCAAGGCGUGAAGCAGAGAAGAAGAAGGAUAUCGAUGACACUGGCAAAGAAGAAACAAAAGAGGAAGAUGAAGAAAUAAAGGAGGAAGAUGAGGACAAGAAUACUCCUGGACCAUCAAAUAGACCAUCGACUUUCCAGGUGACAAGGAAGAGAGAAAUAACGUCAGUGACUGAUGGUAACGAGAAUGGAGCGAAUAAUCCAAAAAUAAGUGGAUCGAAGAAUAAAUGCCAUAAAGAUUCAAAAUCUCCCAAAACUGAGCAAUCCACUGCACGUAAAAAUCAGGCGAAGAUGUUGGGAAUUGCACCAUCAACUCCACGAGAUCAAUCUGAAAGUGAAACCAAUCCAAUCGACGUGGUGGACAACGGCACUCCAGAAGAAUGCCACGUCCCCCAAGUACAUUCAAGCCGACCCACACUAGUUGCCAGAAAAGCCAACCCAGAGUCUAUGCAACAGCAACAGCAACAACAACAAGCACUUGAGCAACAGGAACGACAAAAAGCUAAACAACAACAGCAGAGACCUCGUCUUGCUCAUCGUCCUGUCAGGCCAACGGAGCUAGUACUUCUCAAAGAGCGAAUUAACAAUCCUGAAUUGUACAUUCCUCCAUACUGUGAUUACAAGUAUAAUAAUUGGACGCCUGUGGAUCUUGCGGCCUGGGUAAAGAGUGUCUUAAAACUUAAUGACUCGGAUCCAGUGCUCAAGAAAAUAAUUGAUGAAGAUAUGGACGGAAGAUCAUUGGAACAGUUCGUGAGAGAGGGAUCGUUGGGUCUCAGAACUCUUGGCCUGAAUGCUGGACGUACCAUUGCAAUUGAGGCUGCUGCAAUCUUGGUCAUCAACAAUUGCUCAAGAAUACAAUAUCGAAUCGAGAUGGCUAAAUAUAAUCGACAGAUGAGAUCAGAUAACGGUUUUCCAGGAUUAGCCGGACGGCCUGGAUCACCAGGACAACCAGGAAUGCCGGGAACCAAAAGAAACUCCAAAAGCGACAAUGGGGAACAAUUGCAAAAAGAGCGCUUCGAGGCCGAGAAUGAAUUAGAUUUUGCACAACUCCACUGUGCCAAUCCUUCUGGUCCAUUCAAGGUCUCCCAGUGCUGGACCGAGAUACUUUUUUCUAAAAAGUGCUGUCGGAACUCCAAUUUCUUGACUGGACCACACAUUCUGAUUUACUUACAAAAUCUCUGUAAAAACUAUGAAAUUUAA